AAAUAAUUUGACAUACCUCUUCACGAAAUGGGUAUAUUGGCUUUGUGCAAAGCAACUUCCAAUUUGUUUACAGCAUGGGAGAAAUAAAUAACCUCAAAAUAUAGCCUCAGCUAUAUUUGUAACUACAAAUUCGAAUUAAGUUUGUACUUAAGCAAUUUUGUCUUUAAUCAAAGAGUCAACUAAGUAAAUCAGUUUACUUUUAGCUGAAAUGAGUCUCGUUUACACUUCCAUUAAAAUUGACUUAUAAACUAAUCAUAUUUGCAGUGCACAAUAGCAUGCACACUUGGCCUGAAUAUUUAAAGCUUUCGAAUGCUUUGGUAGGCUUUGAGUUUACCGUUAAUUUAUCAUAAUCAAGAUGGUUAUCCUGUUGAUGGAUUAUGUUAUGAGCCUAUUAGCUGCUAAAGUGCUGAUGCAGCAUAAAUUCUAGCAUUUGGCAGCACCUAUUUCAUUGCAACUGCUGUAAUUUGUUAUUGUUAUUGUUGUUGUUAGUGUAGUUGUUUACUUGUUUGUUAGUUUGUCAACUUAACCAUGUACAUAUACAUAUGUGUGGCCAUUUACAAUAACAACAUGCUGGAUCGACAUGCAAGGCAACAAAAAGCAAAAAACAAACACAAGUUGUUGACACAUACAAGCAAAACUGCCUGAACUACGCCUCCCACCCACUCCCCCACCCACCCCUUGUGGCUGACCCACCUGCGCCCUAAUAAGCAUUAAUGGUUCAGCGUGAAUGGGCAAAUGAGGCACAUGGUAUGUGGAUGCGGGUGGUUGACUGGCUGUGCUUGUGGGUGUCCAUUCGGUGUCCAUUGGGCAAGUAACGCGAAAAUGUUGUUUUCCCCCCGUUAAAAGUGGAGCAGGCAAGCCGGACGAAUGGGUCCGCCACUGUCCGUGCAUUCGGCAUGUGGCUGGCGAGCGUUACGGACGUAACUAUAUAUAAUAAAUUAACGGCACUUUUGAAAGCGACAUCGACUAUAUGAUAUAUUGCAAGGUCUGACGAAAAUGCCAUCAUUUUGCGACUGAGUGAUGGGCUGCGGUUCGUCCAUGGAGACACAGUCGAGCGCUAGAGGGCAGUUGCCACCAAAUGGUGCGUUGCGUCUGCAAGAAAAUGGUGGAGCCAAAGUAACGAAUAUUGUGCAGCAAUACGUGCGUCUCGAUGAGCGGAUCAGCAAGCUGGAGGGCACCUGUCCAGGUCCGCGCAUGGCCACCGUCGAGGCUUGGAUCGAGCAUCUGCAGGCCAAGCGCGAUGUUAUGCUGGGUUUGGACGGCAUGCAGCACAGUGCGCGUCCAGCGACAGCGCAAAGCCAGCCGAACCGGCUAAGGGGUGAGGGGGCGGAGGCACAUCAAUUAAGUAGCUACCCCUUGACGUUGGGCAGCGAGCGGGUGGGCAAUGAAAUCGUUGCUAACACGCCCACCAAGGACCUGGCCCAGCUGGCUCAUAACUUAGGCGUGAUUGGUGAUCCACGCAAGGCUUCCAUGCACGAGGACUUCUUUGCCAAUUUGAGCGAAUCGGCUCUCUACUUACUUAGCAUACGAUACUAUGGUGAACUUCUGGAUCACACCAAGCAACGGCUCAAGGCUCUAACCGCCAGCUAUGCGGAGCUCAAUGACCUGUACGUGAAUCAGGAUGGUAUCAUUGCCUACAUUAGUGGCGGCACCUACAUGACCCGGCUCGAGGAGACCAUCGAUGAACAGCUGGAGGUGGCGCGCGAUACGCGUGACAAGCUGGGCAGUGCGUUGGAACAGUGGCGUAUCUGUGGGCUGCUGCUACGCGCUGCGGCCAACUCGUCCACGCAGGCGCUAAAGCAGUGGCGACAGCUGAAUAGGAUAAUCGACCCCAAGCAAAAAUUGCAAGUAGCACUGGAUUGUCGCAGCUUGCUGCAUGCAUCUCUAACCUCCCUGGAGGCAGCGCAACUGGCUCUGCCACAUGUGGAGCUCAAGUACAUGAGCAAUCGCCAGGUGCUUGCUGUUAACCACUGCAAUACGUAUCUGAUCACAGACAUUGCGAAUGCAGCGAGAUAUGAGCACACGACCCGCGUCUUUACGAGCUAUGAAGUGAAUAUUUCCAAGACCUGCACCUGGCUCUAUGACACAUUUAAUAAAACUCUACGCAGUGAUUUUGACAAGGCAGAAGAAACGGUGCGACGCUUGGCGCGAACUUUGCGUCAGCAUCGGGAGGAGACUUUUAGCGCGGCGGGCAAAUAA